AUGUUCUGUCAGUCCAUAGAGCAUAAUUUCAGCAAAGCAACGUCAAAAAUAAAGCAGUUAAAACGCCGUAGACAGCCACAACAUACUUUCCAGCAUGACAAUGGACCAGCCGUAGCAGCAGCAACAAUAUGUGACCAUUUGGCAACAGUAUAUAGUGGACAUAUACUUCCAGCAACCCGACCAUCAGCAUCAACAACGACUUGUAACAGUGUGCCUUUUGCCUCUGAUGACUCUCCAUUUAACUCACCAAUUGUGAAGGAAUUCAUGCAAUUUAUGCCUAACUGCAUGGCACCAGGGCCUGAUCAUAUCAGAGCUGAAAUGCUAAAACCUAUCAAAUCACUUAUCUUACCUGUUCUUGCUUUGUUUUUUACAGUUUGCUGA